CUUCGGACGCCCACUUACUUUUUGGCCUUUACACCUUGUGCAAGUACAGGCGCAGCUGUCUGCGCUCGUACUCGCAUCACUGCUGCCUCAGAGCAGCCGAGCCUGCGCUCGGUAUCCCACUGCAUCCUUGGCUGGCUGCACAAGCUGCUGCCGCACCACCAACGCCGGCGCCGCGUUGCCAGCACAAAAAACCGUCAUAGCAGCGAGACCGCAGAAGCGAGCAUAAAUCACAAAAAAAAGAUGGGCGACCGCAUCGCCGGCUUCCUGAACAAGAAGCCCUGGCACCCGUCGAGCUUCCGGAACCAGGAGAAGACGUGGCUCGCCGAGCAGCGCGCCGAGAAGGAAGAAGCGGCAUUAAGAGAGCGCAUCGCCGAGAUCAAGAAGGAGAAGGAGGAGGAGGAGUCGCGCAGCGGCGGCGGCUGGGUGGCGGCCGCCGACAACCCCGUCUGCAAGCCCGCGUCCUCAAAUGCGCCGAAGCGGAGCGGCGCCGCGGACCUCCUCGCGCGCGCGCGGCCGGCUGGGGCUUCGACCGACAAGGAAAUGAAAAGGACCAAGGCCGCGGCCCAGCAGAAGGACGCCCUCAAGCGCGCCGACGAGAAGCGCAAGGCCGAGAACGCCGAAAAACGGCGCCGCAAGAAGGCGAAGAAGCGCCAGGCCGCCGCCGACGCGUCGCCGCCGCCACCCGUCGCGCCGCCGCCGGCCCACGCCGUCGCUGCUGCGCCGCCGGCGCCCCACGCCGUCGCUGCUGCGCCGGCGCCGCCCAACGCCGUCGCUCCCGCGGCCUUUGCGAACGACGGCAGCUUCCUCGAACAAGCUCGGCGUGCACUCGAGGCGUCGAAAAAGGAAGGGGGUUAG